CUCACAUGUUGUAUCCGCGGUACAACUCUAAAAUUUUAUUGAUUUUCUUCAUCUUGUCAGCCAUUGACAGAUGAGAGACAGACACGAUACGAAAGGUCGACGGGAUGCAAAACUAACAACAGAGCAAAUUCCAUGUCUACAAUAAAUUAAGCAUAACAAUAGCAUAUACCGAGGAUAUUAGUAAUGCAUGUACAGAAUGCUCUUAUAAAACUUAAUGUAGCUAGGCUAGUUUGAAAAUUUAAAUAUGAUUUGUAUAAGUGUAAUACACAUACGUAGAAAGCUAUGCUGAAAUUGACAAAUAGUUUUUGCAGAUAUUUAGUUACAUGUGAGAAGGUUCACAAGGCUCAUGUAAGGAGUUAUUCACAUUUGAAUUGUAAAUGGAAGCCAUGUGGUACCGAGUGUGUGAGCAUAAAAGUAACUGCACAGUUCCAUUCGACCCAACAGUUGCGACAACACGGCCACGGGAAGAAACGGCUGAAGAUUCCACCUUUUACUUCUAAUGAGAGUAAGAGAAGUAAGCCAAUGACUCACCCAAACAAACCAUCCCGUCAACAUGCCAGCUACGGAGGAGAAUUUGACGUUUCGGGCGAUAGUGAUGACGAUUGGUGGCAAUACACGGCAGAGGCGGGAUUCUCAGGCGACGGCCGGACCCACAACAUACCUCAGGACUUCAGGGUGUGGGAGAGUUUAGCUGAUAGCCAAGAUCCUAGAUAUGGGGCGACGUUUAGUUUCAAAGUAAUGUCGUACAAUGUGCUUGCUCAGUACCUCCUGGAGUGCCACCCCUACCUUUACACCGACUGCGCGCCUUUCGAUCUCAAAUGGAAGGUCCGAGCUGCACGCCUCUACGAUGAGAUCACGAAGAUGGCUCCUGAUAUAAUCUGUUUACAAGAAGUUCAAGCCUCUCACAUCAACAGCUUUUACUCCAAGUUUGAGAAGAUUGGCUACUUCGGUGUUUUCAAACAAAAGACGGGGCAUCGGCAGGACGGGUGUGCCAUCUACUUCAAGACCUCUAUGUUCCAACUUACAGAUAAUAUCCAUGUCGAGUUCUUCCAGCCCGAUCUUCCGAUCUUGAACCGUGAUAAUAUCGGUUUGAUUGUGAAGUUGAUGCCACAUGACCGGCCCUGCUCGCCCAUCGUUGUGGCUACUACACACCUGCUUUAUAACCCAAAACGAACAGAUGUACGAAUCGCGCAGAUGCAGCUCUUUUUGGCCGAAAUUGACCGUUUCGCAUACUUUAACAAUGGACGACAGUCUGGCCAUCUUCCUAUUAUACUGACUGGUGAUUUUAACUCAACGCCUGAUAGUGCAGUAAUAAAGCUUUUAGACAGGGGCCGCGUGAGCGUCGGCCAAUAUCGAGACAGUUCGGACUGGCGGCGGAUUGGCGUAACGGACAAUUGUCAGCAUCUAUCAGUUUACCUGGACAGGCAGAUCGGUCGAUACACCAACUUCAGCCACACCCAGAUAUAUAAUUCGACUUACUCCUACUACGCGAAUGCGUGUGACAGGCCUGUGCUCUUGACAGAACAGUACAACGGGAUGUUCAACAGCGGGUGUAUUGGGCAUUCCCUCAAUCUCAGCUCCGUUUAUGAGCCAUACAUUGUGGAUGGGAGACUUGGAGUCACCACGUUCCAAGAGUACUGGGUCAACGUCGACUAUAUUUACUUUAGCCGUUACAGUUCAUUGCGUCUGAUCAAGCGCCUGCGAUUGCCUACCGAUGUCGAGUGCGAGGUACUGGGCCGUCUGCCCAACCAAGUGUACGGCUCUGAUCAUCUCGCCGUGGCGGCAGUCUUUGAACUGAGACCUCAACCUCAACAAUACGCUCAACUGUCUUUAUAGAGGUAUCCAUUCUGUGACACAGCGGGACCAUCGUAUUACAGCUGGUAUUGGUAUACCCACUAUUAAAGGAGCUUGCCUAACGAAUUUUAUAUCUAAAUGUUUUUUCUAUACAUGUUAAAUUAUAAGGGUUUGUACUGACACUGACUGAUAAAACAACUUUGGUGCUGGGGCGGUGAUGUGCAUAAUAUUAUUGAUGUAAUGUGAUAACUGGGUGAAGUACUAGUACUUAGUUGCCGCCAUUUUGUUGUGAUUGUUCUUAUCAGAAGGUGCUUAAGAAGAGAAAGUUUUGAAUUUUUACCAA